AUGUUCNGGUCUUGCAUUUCAAGCUUAUUUAUGAUUCCAUUUAUUAUUCUAUAUCUUGUUGUCACAUGGAUUGAUCCAGCCGAAGAUAAUGUUAUUACAAGAAGUCAGAGACCAAGAACAGACUUUGAUCGACAAACUUAUUCACACGUUAUUACAGAUCUAUAUUGCCAUGUUUGCGGUGUUAGUGUGGGUGAGGGAGCAAAACAUUGUUCAACGUGUAAUAAAUGUGUCUAUCAAUUUGAUCAUCAUUGUAUUUGGCUGAAUAACUGCGUUGGAGGCAAAAAUUAUCGAAUAUUUUUGUUCAUGCUCAUCACAAUUGUUAUUAGCGCAUUAUUUAUCUUUUUAAGUUCUUUAUUACAAUUUGUUGGUUCAUUCAACACGAAUCCGUUGUUAAAUCUACAACCGUUUUAUAAUAAAGAUCACAAAUAUGCUAUAUUAAUGAUACCAUCUUCUUUAAUUGCCUUUCAAGUCAUUUGUGCAAUUGUAGCAACAAUUUCGUUUGCUGUAUUGUUAUUAAUCCUUUAUUUAUUAUCCUUUCACAUCUAUUUAUGUUAUAAUAAUUUAUCAACGUAUGAUUAUAUCAUGCAAAAGCGUAUUGAUAGCACUGUGUUCAGUUUUCAACAAAUAGCCAACAAUCAUUCAGAGCAAUCAUCCUCAUUGCAGCAAAAAUUUAAUCUAGCUAAGAUCUGUUCAAAUCAGAGAAAAAUCAAUCCAGUAAAUGGUACUACUCAAAAUCAUCAUGAUUUACCUACUGGUAAUAAUUAUGGUCGUCAUCAUGAUUCACAUAGUCAUUCUCGUCGUUCAAAUAACAGUGAAUCGUUAGAAAUUGACGAACAAUCGAUGAAUCACAGUGCUCGUCGUAUCGGUUCCAAUGUGUGUCGUAGCGAUCAUCAUCAAGAAGUUUAUAUGUUAACACCUCGUACUCAUUCUCAACUUAGUAAUGAGAAAUAUUAA